GUUUAAUUCUCUCACUCACACAUGUAUUCAUUGUACAAUAUCCCUUAAUGUUAAAAAGUGCUACUGUGGUAGUAUACGUUUGGGCAGAAAGUUAACAUGGUAGAGUCCUAAGUUUUUGUGUUCAAUAGUUAUGUGGUCAACUUAAGUUAACAUUGACCGAUUCAUAGAACUGGCCAGAUUAAUAAAAAUGAAAUAACAUACGAGGAUAUAACGACACAACUAAAAUUAAAAACAAAGAAAAAUCGCACAAACAAACCUAAAAACCAUUUGGUCGUCUUCUUAACCCCCAUCAACCACUCAAUAUUAUCGCUGUUGGUACUCGCUUCCUGUUUCAGAAAUGAUGAAGAUUAGGGUUUCCUUCGUUCUCGCGCUCCUUCUUCUCUCCUCCUCUUUCUUCCUUCAAGUUGCGAGGUGUCAAUCUGACUCAGAUUCAGAAGACGCUGAGCUUGUUGCUGAAACUGUUGAAGAAGGAGGAGAUCUUGGGAUUGUUGAUGACGAUGUCCAGGACUUUGGUAUUGGCAAUUAUAGUCCAGCUCCAGGUGUGGAAACUGUAUGUGUUUUCCCAAAGAAUCCCACGAAAGUGGUAGUGGCAGGGCAAGAGACUGAGGUUUUAAUUGGAAUGAAAAACGAAGGGGAUCAACAUAUAAAGGUCCUUGCAGUUCAUGCGAGUGUUCAUCUUCCAUUUGAUCACAACAUGUUGGUUCAAAAUCUUUCUACACAGGUUUUUAACAAUGCAUCCGUUCCUUCUUCAGUUCAAGCUACAUUUCCCUAUAUUUUUGCUGUCAGCAAAUUUCUACAGGCGGGAACAUUUGAUCUUGUGGGAAGAAUAGUUUAUGAGAUAGACCAAAUACCAUAUGAAAACACAUUUUAUAAUGGUACAAUUGAAGUUAUUGAAGCUGGUGGACUUGUUAGCAUUGAGACAGUGUUCUUAGUUUCUCUUGGAAUUUCUCUUCUUGUUUUCCUCGGAUUGUGGGUUCGUGGCCAAAUACAAAAUCUUUCAAAGAAAACUAAGAAGGGACCAAAGGUGGAAACCGGGACCCGGAGCGUUGAUGCAUCGAUGGAUGAGUGGCUGGAGGGAACUGCCUACACUCAGUCAAAGGCAAGCAAAUUGAAGAAGAAGAAAUAGAAAAAAUAUAUAUAUAUUCUUGUACCUGAUGUUUAGGCGAGAAACAACAAGUAUACCUUAUUUAGUUUUUACUGUUGUAGAAUGAGGAACAACACUUUUUACACAAUCAUUUUCUUGGAGAUUUUGACAACUUGAGUAUAUUUUUUUUUUUAACUUUUAUUUUUCUUCUUCUAAUGGAGUCUAUCUCCAUGCUUCUUGGUGGUGGUUUUAAAAAUAACUGAUUUACUUGAUCUGAGAAGAAUGAUCAUCAAAGUUUGGCUUUGUAGGUCAUGUUGUAUUGUUGUUAUGUUAUUGCAGACGAGACACGACAAUAUAGAACUAUACAACAUCAUAUAUCGAGUUUGGUAUUUUGUAUGCAUUAGACUGAGAAACAAUUAUAAAGCACAAGUAUGAUUUUCUGAUUUUAAAAGGUCGAUGGCAU